GGUAAAAUGGAUGCUAGACACAAGCUGAAGAUUUUGGUGAUGUUUCUGUCUCUGGCUGCUUUCACGGUCAUGGUGAUACUGAAUGCUGGAAAUGCCACUGGGACAUUCAAAGGUCUGUUCAGGACAACCCCUGGAAACAUCUCGGCGAAAUACACCACUGACUUCACACCGGCGGGCUGGACUUUCCUCAUCUGGAAUGUCAUCUAUGCCUGGCAGCUUGCCUGGCUUCUCUACGCCUUGUCAGGGAUCUGUCGAAGGAAUGAACUUGGAUGUGUCUACAUAAAGCCAGACUUGCUGCCAAUACCUUUUUAUGUGGUGUGGAUUCUGAGUAAUGGCCUCAACGUUGGAUGGCUGUUCCUGUGGGACCGAGAAUACCUCCUCCCAGCCCUGGUGCUCCUGGCAGCCCUCGCUUUUGCCACGUGUGCCUCCCUCUUCGUUUCACACCGAGCCUUGAGCAUCCAUUCCUCGUGGUUCGCGAAGGCUCACAAAGCUGAGCUCUGGCUCAUCCGCAUCCUAGUACAGAACGGGCUGGCGCUGUAUGUGACAUGGACCACCAUCGCCACUCUGCUGAACUUCGCCGUUGUGUUGAUCUACAAGUGGAACGUGUCCAACGAGACGGCAACGACUGCUUCUCUGAGCAUCCUUGCUCUCGACCUAGUAAUAUGGUUUUAUCUAGAAAACUUCUUUCUUGACAAGUAUGUCCGCUAUAACCUUACAAUCUACCCAGUGGUCAUCGUAGCUCUGACCGGCAGUGCGUGCAAGAACUUCUCGUUUUCAACCCCAACGGUGAACGGCAUUUUUAUAG